UCAGGUCAUUGCCGCAUGCGGUGUUGACGCUGCGGUGCGUCAGUCGGCUCAGUCCGGUCCUGGGUCCUGUUCAGGCCGCUUCGUGUCUUCGCUGUGGCGGAGGUCUAAGAUGCGGAGCAGCCGCGAAAGCGGUGCCCCUGAUCCGGAUCAAUCCAGAACCAAAACCGGAGCCGGUCUAGCUGAACCCUCCGGCCCGGCACGGCCCGGUUCGCAGACAGCAUGACCGCUGCAGCGUCAGCAGCCGCGGAGGAGAGAGCGACAGAGAAGAAAGACUCCAGCCGCUGAGAGAGGCUGCUAGCCGGCCAGCUAACGGCGCGAUGACCGCGGAGGGAGGCGGCACGAUCCGGAGCCGCAUCAAGAACCUGCUGCGGUCCCCGUCCAUCAAACUGAGGCGGAGGACCGGGACCGGGACCGGGCGGCACAAAGAGGACCUGAGCGACAAGGUGACCUUGGAGAAGGUUCUCGGUAUCACGGCUCCGGGGAACCGAGCGCUGGCCUGCGACCCGCGAACCGGACUGCUGGCUUAUCCUGCUGGGUGUGUCGUCGUCCUGUUGAAUCCUCGGAAGAACAAGCAACAUCACAUCUUCAACAGUUCCAGAAAGGCGAUCACCACAUUAGCAUUUUCUCCAGAUGGGAAAUAUAUUGUCACCGGAGAGAGCGGUCACAUGCCGGCGGUUCGAAUCUGGGACGUGUCGGAGCGCGUGCAGGUCACCGAGCUACAGGAACAUAAAUACGGCGUUGCCUGCGUGGCGUUUUCUCCAAACGGGAAGUACAUCGUCAGCGUGGGCUACCAGCACGACAUGAUGGUCAACGUGUGGAACUGGAAGAAAAAUGUGGUGGUUGCAGCCAAUAAGGUGUCCAGUAAGGUGACGGCUGUCUCCUUCUCAGACGACAGCUCCUACUUUGUUACUGCCGGCAACCGCCAUGUCAAGUUCUGGUACCUGGACCACAGCCACACCUCCAAGAUGAACGCCACUGUCCCUCUGCUGGGGCGUUCAGGGCUGCUGGGAGAGCUCAGGAAUAACUUCUUCAGUGACGUGGCGUGUGGGCGGGGUCGACAGGCCUCCUCCACCUUCUGCAUCACUUCCUCCGGUCUGUUGUGCGAGUUCAACGACCGGCGACUACUUGACAAGUGGGUCGAGCUGCGGAGAGUUGACUCGGCCUCCACAUCUCAGGCCACCUGUCUGUCCGUCACCGAUGAGCUGAUCUUCUGCGGCUGCUCUGACGGGACGGUCAGAGCUUUCAGCCCCGUCAGCCUGCACUUCCUCUGCACUCUGCCCCGCCCACACUGUCUGGGGGCCGACAUUGCCAGUAUGGUGGAGGCCAGUCAGCUGUUCUCCUGCAGGUCGGAGGCUCGUUACCCUGACACCGUGGCGGUGACCUAUGACCCCACCAACCGCUGGCUGUCGUGUGUCUACAACGACCACAGUGUUUACGUGUGGGACGUCCGAGACCUCCGUGAUCCCCGCAGGGCGGGAAAACUUUACUCCGCCCUCUACCACUCCUCCUGUGUGUGGAGCCUGGAGGUUUAUCCAGAGAGAGGAAGAGGAGGAGGAGGAGGACAUGAGGCACGUCUCCCCUCCGGAUCGUUCCUGUCCUGCUCCUCAGAUAACACAAUCCGACUGUGGAACAUCGACGGCCACAAUGUCAUCAACAAGAACAUCCUGAGCCACGACCUGCAGAAGGUCAUCUACGUGGAUGACAACAUAAACAGCCUCCUAGACACGGAGAGCGCCACCGUCUCUGGUGGCAACACAGAGAAGGCGGGGUCAUCGGGCUAUGAGGGGCAGCAGACCGACCAGAGCAGGGCGGGCAUUAGGACCUUGAGAGUCAGUCCUGAUGGACAGCACCUGGCCUCUGGAGACCGCAUGGGAGUCCUCAGGAUCCACGAUCUGGAAAGUAUGGAGGAGAUCAUGAACGUUCAGGCUCACGACUCAGAGAUCCUUUGCCUUGAGUUCUCCAAACCAGAAACAGGUCUCCAGUUGUUAGCCACAGCCAGUCGUGACCGUCUGAUCCACGUCCUGGAUGCGGGCUCAGAGUACAGUCUGCUGCAGACUCUGGAUGAACACUCGUCCUCCAUCACCGCCGUGCGAUUCGCUGCCAAUGAGGGGAAGGUGAGGAUGAUCAGCUGUGGAGCCGAUAAGAGCGUUUACUUCCGCACCGCCCAGCAGGUGGAGGGGGGGUUGGAGUUCACUCGGACUCAUCACGUGGUCAGGAAGACGACUCUGUACGACAUGGACAUUGAACCAACCAGAAAGUACGCAGCAGUGGGCUGUCAGGACCGCAGCAUCAGGAUCUUUAACAUCAGUAAUGGGAAACAGAAGAAGUUGUAUAAAGGCUCUCAGGGCGAAGACGGGACUCUGAUCAAGGUGCAGAUCGACCCGUCAGGUCUCUACAUCGCCUCCUCCUGUUCAGAUAAGAACAUCAGUAUCUUUGACUUCUACUCUGGAGAGUGUGGGCACAUGUUUGGACACUCAGAGAUCGUCACAGGUUUGAGGUUCAGCAGUGACUGCAGACAUCUGAUCACUGUCUCUGGAGACAGCUGUAUCUUUGUGUGGCGUCUCAGUCCAGAGUUGACCAUCAGGAUGAGGCAGCGACUCGCUGACCUCCGACCUCCCAGCAGCACCCAGAACACCCAGAAUGCAUCUCAGCAGAAAGUGGUGACGCUCAGCAGCGACACGUCGCCUCCUCGUGUCGUCACCAUGUCGUCUGACAGCGACAAGGAAGAGGACGAGGAGGACGAGGAGGAGCUCCGCUGUCCUUAUAGGGACACAGCAGGAACUCUGGAGGAGGAGACAGAAACGUCUGAUGAGAAGUUCAGCUCUCUGGACAGCAGGAAGGAGGUGUUGGCAGGUCGACCUCCUCGCCGCCGCUGGUCUCGGAGGACAGGCGGCGUGGAGGAUGGUGCUCUGAUGGUGAAGUCCAUGUUAGACCUGAGACUGCUGGAUUCGUACUGUCCUGACAGACCGGAGGAGCAGCAGGUGGAGCAGGAGGAGAUGAAGACCCGCCCCCUCGACGGUAACACCUCCACCUGCAGCCGGAGGGGGAGGGGCCCAGGCAUGGAGGUGGGACUUUACAGGACCAAUCAGGAGCUGGGAAGCACCAUCAGUCUGCAGGUCACCACUGCAUGGGCAGAGGACGACGAGGCGAGGACCAAUCAGAGGCCAGACUUCAUCCGCUUGUCCAAUCAAAGUCCAGACAGGGAAGCUCAGGUGUUGUAUCCUGACCAAUGGGAGGACAGAGUGAGCCUGGCAGGAAGUGAGUUCCAGGUGAAGGAGGCGUGUUCUGCUGCUGCUGAUGGACGACAGGACAAACCCAGUCCGGACAGCGGCUGCUCACUGGGAUUCAACUCCAGCCUGUCCAGUCCAGUCAGACCUGCCGGACAGGACUUGGAGCCUACAGAGCCUCUCAGUGUGGACGGAAACUUCUCUGAGCUGGAGGACGAUGAAGACGAGGGAGGAAGAGGAGGAGGAGGAAAAAUCAGCACUCAGCACAUCCCUCAGACUCCAGACCAGGAGGCGUUCCUGAAGGAGCACUUUGUCACGUUGAACGACCUCUCAGGUUCAGGAAGUCCGAGCAGAGCGUCUCACAGCUCCAGUGAGAGUCUCAGCAUCUCGUCCAGGUUUCUCUCCCAGAAUUCAGCUGGAAGUCGAACCGUGGCUCCUCUCCCAUCUCGUGGAGGAGGCGCGGAGGUGAAGGCCCGUCCUCUGGUCUCAGAGGUACGACCUCUGAUGGAGCAGAAUAAGACCCAGGAGAGGAGGGUGUCAUGGAACCAUGACCCAACACAGAAACAGAAUCAGGACCAGCUCCAGUCCCAGAACAGGACCGACCAGGACCAAACUCAGCCUCCACAGCAAGGUACAGGUGAGCUGGAGGAGGAGGAGACCUCCUCAGCCCAGCAGGCUUACAGGCCCUCCCCCCUGAAGAAGAAGGUCCAAACUGGGUCAGAAUCCAGGAGGAACCUGGGCCCGACGGCACGGGCAGCCGCCUCCCACUUCAACUCCUCCUCUGGACUUCGAAAGGCUCAGUCGGUCCAAAGCCUGCUGACCGACACAGGUGACUCCUCUCAUCCAACCAGAGACAUCCCCCCUCAGAUGCUCCUCUCCCCUCAGAUGCCCCUCCCCCUGCAGCGUCCCACCACCCUCCCCUCCUCCCCCAGACGCCCUCCAUCUACAGCCCUGCCCCUUCAGAGACCAAGCCCCGCCUCCCCCAGGUCCCCCCAGCAGGAAGCCAUCGUCACUCCGCGGAAGUCUUCCUCGUCCUCUUCCUCCACGGCGUCGGCGCCGCGCUCCUACAUGAGCCCCACCGCCAGCUCAAUGGCCAAGAUGUCACGCUCCGUCUCCGUGGGCGAUGGCCUCAACAUCUCCGAACCCUCCGAGGACCCCUCAGUGACAUCAUCAUCAUCAUCAUCAUCAUCAUCGACGGCGGCGACAAUAACCGCCUCCUCUCAGGUCAAAGAGACUCCGCCUCCUCCAGUUGCUGUGGUGUCCUCCAAUGCUGUUUUGGCCACGCCCCCUCAUGCCGCCGUUGUCCCCGUCGUCGCCUCCUCCUCCUCCUCAUCUUCUUUUCUGGGUAACCAUGGUAACCAGGCAGCGCCUCCUCCUCGCGGCCUCCAGGCUCGGGUCCCGGGCAGCAGCAGACCGCUCCCCGAUAAGCCCUCGCUCGCCGCCUUCUCACCGUCACCCUCCUCGUCUUCCUCCUCGCGGCCUCCUCCAGUGUCCGUCUCCCCCCUGACUCCGCCCCCACAGGAGGAGGAGCCUCAGAGAGAUGACGCAGGUUUGGACUCCCAUCAUCCUCCUCUUCUUCCUCCUCCUCUUCUUCAUCCCUUCAUCCUGUCAUCUCUCCGUCGGAGCUCUGUGCUGACGGACCAGCCAAUCAGUGUGGAGACCUGCAGAGCGCUGACCAAUGAGCUGCAGAGCUGCUUCAAGAGAGCAACACACCUGUACAGGAAGGUGAGUGGCUCCUCCCCCGAUGACUCCGCCCCUGACCAGCGUCAGAUGGCUGUCGUCCUAUCAGAGGCCUUCCAGGCCAUGAGGGCGGAGCUCGACUGUUUGCCGCUCGGCACGCCGAGCAUUCUGGGAGUGGAGGGGGGGCUGGGAGGAGUGGGGGAGGUGAAGACGGCGGCUCUCCUGGAGGAGUACUCCCUGCUGCUGCUGCAGGCCGUGCACCGGAGGGUCAGUGAACGCAACACGGAGUAGACACUACGCUCUCCAUCACCUCCUCCUCUUCAUCACCUCCUUUCCAUCACCUCCUCUUCAUCACCUCCUCCUCUCCAUCACCACCUCCUCCUCUCCAUCACCUCCUCCUCUUCUUCAUCACCUCCUCCUCUCCA